UCCUACCCCUGAGGUCUCAGAGCCGUCGCUCGGCUGUUUGGCCCGCCUGUCUCCGAUCUUACCUCUGCUGCUGCCUCAUUUCCUCACCUCCUUCAUCGAGCGGGGCGUCUGGGAGGCCUGGAGGCGUGGCGGCGGUGGCGGCAGCGGCAGCGUAAUGGAGAUUGGUGCCAGCGGUCGAAACUGUGUUCGCAGGCAUGGGGCAGGAUCCCCCAGCAUUCCAUCGCCCCAGGAGCAGGAACGGAAGCUGGAGCAGGAGAAGCUGUCCGGGGUGGUAAAGAGCGUCCACCGGCGGCUCCGCAAGAAGUACCGGGAAGUGGGAGAUUUUGAUAAGAUCUGGAGAGAACAUUGUGAGGAUGCGGAAACACUUUGUGAAUAUGCUGUUGCAAUGAAAAAUUUGGCAGAUAAUCAUUGGGCAAAAAGUUGUGAAGGUGAAGGUCGUAUUGAAUGGUGUUGUAGUGUAUGCAGAGAAUAUUUCCAAAAUGGUGGGAAGAAAAAAGCACUUGAAAAAGAUAAAAAAAGAACAGUACUUGCCACUAAGACCACUCCAGCCUUAAAUACACAUGAGUCUUCUAAACUUGAAGGUCAUUCAACCAACCUCAGCUUUACAAAUUCUGAAAUUAUAACUGAGUUGCUACAAACCUCAGGAAAGAUCAGAUUACUUGAUGUUGGCAGCUGCUUUAACCCAUUUAUGAAGUUUGAAGAAUUUCUAACUGUUGGCAUAGACAUUGUACCUGCUGUAGAGAGUGUAUAUAAAUGUGACUUCCUGAACUUGCAGCUUCAACAACCACUCCAGCUUGCACAGGAUGCUAUAGAUGCCUUGAAGCAGCUGAAAAACCCUAUUGAUUCUCUUCCUGGAGAACUUUUUCAUGUGGUUGUUUUCUCUCUCCUUCUUUCUUAUUUUCCAUCCUACCAGAGAUGGAUUUGCUGCAAGAAAGCCCAUGAAUUGUUAGUGUUAAAUGGUUUAUUGCUUAUCAUCACACCUGAUUCCUCCCAUCAGAAUCGUCAUGCAAUGAUGAUGAGCUGGAAGAUUGCUAUAGAGUCCCUGGGCUUUAAACGUUUCAAGUAUUCAAAAUUUUCACACAUGCAUCUGAUGGCAUUUAGAAAAAUAUCCCUAAAAACUACAAGUGACUUGGUUAGUAGGAACUACCCAGGGAUGUUAUAUAUUCCUCAAGAUUUCAAUAGUAUAGAAGAUGAGGAAUACUCUAACCCUUCCUGCUAUGUUCGAUCAGAUAUAGAAGAUGAACAACUGGCAUAUGGUUUUACAGAGCUCCCUGAUGCUCCCUAUGACUCAGAUUCUGGAGAAAGUCAAGCCAGCUCUGUUCCUUUCUAUGAGCUAGAAGAUCCCAUAUUACUUUUAAGUUAAUAUAAAAGCAAAAGGCCCUUUCAGUCCAAACUCCUAAACUAAUUACUUAACACUAAUCAGAAAUACUACCAUGAACUCAGUACUAAAACCUGGUUUGCAUAGAAGAAAUGGAAAGGUUGACAGUUUGCUAUUUUUUUUCUAUUUCUGAAUUUUUAAAAUGUAUUCUUAUAUAAAAAGGUUAAAGUUUCAUGCAGACUGACCUUUGUCAUAGCAGAAACCACUGUUUCUUUAGCAUUUAACAUUCAGAUAUCACUGAAAGGUACCUUUAUGUCUUUAGUGUCAUUGUAAAAAUGAAGCAUAAUUUCCUAUGUAUUUUUUCCUCAUUUCAAUGUUGACUUUAAACCAUUGCAGUGAGAAACUUUAAUAUAUGUGAAAGCUGUAGAUUGCACUUUGAUGGUUAACAAGUUAAAUGUAUCACAAAGAUAGAUUGGUUGAGUUUUGUGAUAUACUUACUCUUUUUUCUAGCUAAAUUAUUAUGUUACAGAAAGCCAUUUUCUGUUUCUUUUGUCUGGUGACCCAACAUUUCCUGAAUUUUUUUUAAAUUAAUGGUAAUUUUUUUUUUCCUUGUUCUUGCUUAUUUGGCAACAUCAGACAUUGCGGGAGAGAUUUCCCCAAAAGUAUAUCAUAUAAUUUGAUUAGCACAGUGCAAAAAUCACCAUUGCCAAAGUAUUCAAUAGAAUUUGUAUGUCUUUCUUGUGGAUUGAGCUUUGCUGUUGAAUAUAUUUAACUGUGGGAGUGUACUUUACUUUAUUAAAUUUAGAAUUCAUUUACAAACUUUUCUAUUUAAGCAAGAAACAAUAUAAUACUCAAUAUUGACCUGAAACACCUUUGUAAAAGUGUUUGCACUUGUAAGAGAGCUUAUAUUUUAUCUAGGUCAACUGUUGUAAAGGGUCCUUGCCUUUCCAUUAAGAAGAUGCUGCACUACAAGACUGAAAUUGUAUAGAAAAUAUUAAAAUUAACCCUCUGCUGGUAGUCUCAUAAAAUGAUUUUGAGUUUUUGGUAUUCUUACUUCUAUCUAAAUCCUAGCUACAGAUUUUCUUUGAAAUAUAAAUCAUUAAUUGGCUGCUGGAAUUUUCCCUUUCCACAUUGAUAAAUGUCUUUCUGUUUCUGAAUCAGAAACAAAUGAUUAAAGAGAAAUAUAUGCCAAAACAAGACAAAAUUGAGUUUAAAGAGAUAAGAAGAUAUAGUCCAUGUUUUCUUACCAGCCAGAAAUUGUCAUGUAAAUUAUCAUUUUGAAGAGUGCCACUGUGUGGAAUUUUUUUCAAGUUGUUUUUACAUUAAAAUUACCUCAUACUGAGGUUUCUGCACUGAAAUAUCAGUUUCAGAUUUCAUGCUUAAUGUACGUGUGUGUGUUUAAGGGAAGUAUUUUCAAUAGUUGAUCCUACAUUUCAUAAACUCUGGUAAAACUGCUGUUUUUGUGCUUAGUGUGAAUUGCUGUAAUUAACUUUGAAAGUCAGAAUUUAUUUGGAAAUACAAAAUGUAUCCUUUAAGAUAUAAAUGUUUGAGUGUACCUGAUAUUUCAAGUUAAAUUUCACAUUCUGAAUCAAUAAAAGUAGUAAGAUUGUAAUUAACCUAAAAAAGUCAGUUAACUAAGUGCAAUAAAUAUUAGUUGCUCAAAUAUACCAGAAGUAAUUUGAAAUUUUUCUUUUACUUUCAAUAGCAUAAGAUUCUUUAAUAAGAUUGACUUUUCUUUCCAAUUAUGCACUGCAGGUCAGGUUUUUGAGCUCACCCAAAAGAAGAA